AUGUCCACAGUGGACGGGCGGUUUUCUCCUGCCAUCUUCCUGUUCCUCAUCAGUAUCAUUCCAUCUCUAUGGAUUCUAGAGUUACAUCAUCAGCAGAACAAAGCUACUGAUUCCAGGCCUGUUAAACAUGGUGAGCGGGAAUCAUCCACCAAUGGCAGCGAGACGUUACUCCAGGGUUCAGUAUCUCUGUUGUCGUCAGUGUGCGCUAACGACUGGAUCCUGGCCCUGCACCAGACCCUGUUGAUCCUGCUGGUCAUAGGGAAGUGGCUGCUCCCUGUUGCAGGAGGGGUGACCAGGGAUGAACUGUCUCAGCUCCUCCUCAUCUUCGUAGGCACUGCCGCUGACAUCCUGGAGUUCACCUCAGAGACACUGUUGGAUGUCAAGGACAGCAGUCCCAGCAUGGUGUACGUCAUCCUCGGAGUCUGGACGUGGAGUAUGUUCCAGUUUCCUCUUCACCUGUCAGUGUCUACCUCCAGACCUGAUGAAUAUUCAGAGGGGGACCAGGGUGUGUCUCUGCUGGCCAGACUAAGGACAGAUAUCUGGAGCAUGGUGGAGAGCCUCUUCGUCCAGGACGGACCCUUCCUGGUGGUCCGCCUCACCCUCAUCCUCUACUUCCACGUCAUACACCAGAUGCUCAUCUUCUUCGCCAUCAAGAACUUCCUGGUGGUCAUUCUGACCUUCUACCGUCUGUUUGCCAUCUACUGCAACUACAAGGCUUCAGGUUGAUCUGGGGUUAAUGUCACGACUUCCCCAGAAGUCGGUCCCUCUCCUUGUUCUGGCGACGUUCGGCGGUCGACGUCACCGGGCCUUCUAGCCAUCGCCAUCCACCAUCCACCUUCUCGCCGAUCCACCUUUCAUUUUCCAUUUGUUUUUUGUCUUUCCACACACCUGGUUCCAAUUCCAUUCAUUACAUGUUGUUUAUUUAAAUGUUUGCUUGUGCACGUUAUGCUGGUGUGGGUUAGGGUGGUAGAGGGCUGCUUGUGCACGUUAUGCUGGUGUGGGUUAGGGUGGUAGAGGGCUGCUUGUGCACGUUAUGCUGGUGUGGGUUAGGGUGGUAGAGGGCUG